UCAUCGUCGACGUCGGCGUUGAUUGUGCGCUAAUCUUGAUUGUAGCUAAACGAAACUAAACUGAUUCGCACCAAUAAAACCAAACCAUAUACACAUAAAAAAAAAAAAAGAGAAAGUAAAUAAUAAAAAUUUGUCUCGUUUAACCGAACCUUGUUUGCGAGCAAGACAGCUUCGUAAGAUAGUGACAUCGUUAUCCUUUAUUCUGGUAUUUAUAGACCUGAAACCAAUGCACUUGAUGGUGAUUUUCUGAAGGUGAAAGAGAGAAAACAGGUCCCGAAAUAAGUAACGGAAAAGAAGCAUUUCUUCUUCGCUGCACGCGCGGGCUUUUUUCCGGGUACGGAUUAUACGCGUGUGAGUGCGCCAUAGUUACACGAGUUAUAUUCAAUGUAAGACGGAAAGAGAGAGGUAUAUAGAAAAGCAGCAACGAACGAGAGUGAUAGGAAUACUUGAGACGAAACGAGAAAGCUUCGAUAGUGAAACGAAGUGAGAACGAGAGCGUUAAAGCAGGGGUCGUGAGGAGAAGGAAGGGAUCUCCGUCAAAAUGUCGCUGAAAACACCAACGCGAAUACAGUGAUUGCUUUUCGUCGUUUAACAGGGGAUUUUGUUGGAGUUGAUCAGCUAAAAGAACUAAAAUUAUGGUGUCAACUCGUCAGUCAAGUAGUAUGGGUGGAAGUAAUGGAGGUGGGUCGACUGCCGAAGUUACAGAUGUGAAUUCAUCCAGAAGACAACAAUCCGUAGCAAUGACUAGCUCAUACAGCGGAGCAUCUGUUUCGGAGCCACCUCCUUAUAGAAAUUUAAACCUCCUUGAUUUACCAGUUGAAAUCCUUGAUAAGAUUUUUAGCUAUUUGGAUUAUAAUACAGUGGCUCAUUUACGUCCUAUUUGUCAUCAGAUGGAUCGUGUUUGUGGAUCGAUAUUGAAUUCUACUUUUCAAAAGCUUCAGGCACAAAUGUUGAGUCGUUUUCAAGCAAUUAAAGCACAGAUGCCUAGACGUGAAUCUGCACGCCGUAAUCAUCCAUUAGCUUGUGAGUCAGACAUUAUUGAAACCCUUCAUAUGCGUCUUACCCUGCUCCAAAUGAGUUUUGGGAAGCAUAUCGAACGUAAACAUUGUUGUUUUUUUCCUGGAGAGAUUUUAGAUGAAGUUUAUCGCAUUUUACAUUAUAUAAAAGUAACUCCAAAAUUAGCCAGACCAUAUAAAGUUACAGACGAGCUGUUUGAUUUAAGUACUAUGGCUAUGGAGUACUUUAAAGAACGUAUUGAACCAACAUUGCCAGAAAUUCCCUACUUUGGAGCAGAUUUCCUAGAUCUUGCUGGGACAUUCUCCUCUUCUAGUACUGUGAAUAAGCCAUUCAUGUGCCUAGACUCUGCACCUUUAGCUGUUGGAACUGGUAAAUCAGGAAGCAAUAGUGGAGAAGGUUCCCCUCCACACUCUUCGGAUGAUCCUGGUCUCUUAGAAUCUAAUGUGUCACCUCCACAGUCGAAUAUGGUGUUACGAAAACGGAUUCGUAAAAUUAAACAAGGCAUGAAACGAUAUAAUAGUCAACUAACAUUAAUGCGUAGAGAUUUGAGGAGUUGCAAAGCAAAGAUAGCAGAACAACAGAAACAGAUUGUUGAAUAUGCUACACGUCUUGAUGAAAACGACAAGAAGAACGAGGAAACCUCUCGUAAAUUUAGCACACUCCUACAGGAAUUGAACAAGUGUAAAACAGAGCUUCAGUAUUGGCGAUCUAAGUCUCCGGCGAUACCCGUAUGUGUUGUCUGUGGGCAAUCUGUGCUAGCCCCAACGGAGGAUUUACAAGCUUUAACGAAUCAAGGUGUAUUGCCAGAAACGCUUGAUGAAGGAUUAGACUUCAUUCCCAUAGCAGAUGCACAGAGCCUUACCGAAGUGGCACCACAACCACCAGUUACACAACAACCAUCGUCACCACCACCGCCAGCGCCGCCACAACCAACCGUGGAAAUGGCACCACCAAAGGCUCCUGUGCCUUCACUACUUUCAAAACGGAAAUCCACCACAGAGGAAGCACCGAGCGACGCCGGAAAGAAACCUCGUCGUACUGCCAAGUCACGUCAGGUUAAACGCUCGAAGAUAUAAAUCGAUACUGAUCAUGGUACAAAAAUAUCUGUGUAAACAUCUUUACUGGGUUCUUGAAAAAGGUUUUUCUAUUUGGAGUAACAUGUUCCUUUACGCUAGCGAGCGAAUGAUCUUACAAAGAGAGAUCCUGAGGCGCGAUGCUAAUUUUUCGAUAAGCUUUACCGUAAUGAUGGAAUUUAAAAUAUUGAAAUAUAGUACUCCAUUUUGCGGGCAGACGAUUAAUAUUUCCAGUUCUAUCAUUAUACAAAAGCUGAUCGAAAAAUUAGUGUUAUACCUCGUGCCUCUCCUUGUUAGAAAAGUACAAAAUUCUUUCCUGAACGUCCUGCAUUUCGCGCAACGAACCUCGUUUUGAAAAAUUCUAGCCAUGUUGGUUACCGCGCGAAGGGAAUUGACGCGAUUAAUUUUCCUAUUUUAUUACGGACGGAUUUGUCACACACCGUGGCGUCUACAAAUAUUCUAAAUGAUAGCUGAUCAUUCGUGUCGUUCGUAAAGCAACAAGAGCGCUACUUUUUUCGAACCCAUUUAAUUAUUAUUAUUCUCGUGACGGUAUAUAUAAGGAGAACGGAAGGGUUGAAUUUUGCAUAAAAUGUUUAUUUUACAAUAAUAUCACGCUAAUAGAGCAGAUUAAAUGUCAUACAGCGACAAGCAAGAAUUCACCUUCUGUAUUCCUUGAAUACAAAUCAUGCACUGAUUUAUUAUUUACUUUCUAAACGUUUCUAAUAUAAUUUUGUUGUCGUAAUAUUUUGUCCUUAACAAGUUAAUUUAAUACCUACUAGACAAUACACAAGAACAAAUACAGAAAUGGAAAAUUUGAUAAUCGAACAAAGAAAAAAUAUUCUUUCUAUUCAAGUCGCGAAAAUUCAUCUUUCUAUGUACUUUGCUAUUUGUUACAAUUCUGAAUUAAACAAAAAUUAUCAAAUUUGAUGAAUUUUGUUUCAGGUAGGCAAGAGGAUAUUCUUGUCUUUGUAGAAAUUUUUGUAUAAAAUUUCGAGUGGACAUUAGACAUGAUUCUAGCAAAUUUUGUUUUGCAGUAUCAAUGAAUAAGUACCUGAGAGGACUGAAUGAGACUAGUUCGCGCAGGUACUCCAAGUUCAUCAAUAUUCAUAUCAAUUUCUGUCUAAUUUAUCUGUCUGCUCAAUUAAAUAACAAAAAAAAGAAAAAAAAAGAAAGUCAAAGAUUUUGAAAGCUGAAUUGCUUUUGCAUAAUGAUGUGAUAUACCGAUUUAUGUUCUUUCUUGGCUGUUAAAGCACGUACGUGUAAUUAAAAAGAUUAAUUUAAUAGAGCAGCUCACCCUAGAUGAAAUCAAAACAUUUGUAAUAAUAUGAAAUUUUGUGAGCCUUAAAAAAAUACGAGGUUAAGGAGAAAGUGGAAAUAUGCUGAAAUAUCAUAAUGAAUGUUAUUUUGAUUUCAAGUCGCCAUCGUUCAAACAUGUGAGUUUCUUCACGAGAUGGUGUAUAUUGCAAUAUUAAUAGCGCUAGGAAAUAAUUUAUAGGAUCAAUUAUUUAUAGGAAAAUUAUUAUUAGAUUAUUUUUAAAACAUUUCCCAAACAUCGGUUUCUUAAUUUAUCAGUCAUAUCAAUUUAAAAAAUAAUUAAAUUUCACGCCACGUUCUUACAAAAAAGUGAAAAAAUACAAUACGAGAGAAAGGAGUGAAUGAUUAUUGAGAUCGAUAGUUAUUAAAUCAGAUCAAUAAAAAAGUUCACGUUUAUGCAAUUUCUUUUAAGGUCGGACGGAUUACCGUGCGCGAUGCUCUAUGAUCGGACUGCGUAGAUUCAAUUGAUUAAUAUUAUUUGCACCAAUCCUAAUUAAUCUUAAAGAAUUGUAGUUUGAAAUAUUGUGAGAUGUAUAGAGUCAUGAAUCAUCAAUUCAUGAUUCUAGUAAUAAAUAUAAAGGAUACUGAUAAUAAGUAAAAAUGAUACUUUAUUAUAAAUAUAUAAAUAUAUAUAUAUGAGUGCGGUACUUGCCAGGAUAUGCAUACCACACAGAACAGUUUAGUUUAAACUUUAAUGGAACAAUAAGAUAUAAUAAUUAAUUAAUGAUGAAAUAAUUAUCGAAAUAUAUAUAAUUUUUUAUCGAUGUCGAAAAUUAAUUAGGAGAAAAAAAAAGGUGGAAAAAAUGAACUUAGCGAACGGACGGGAUAACGAGUACGUCACGAUGAUGCAUGUAUGUGAGAAAUUGUGCGAGAGGAAUAUAAGUGCGCGUGAUAUAUAUAUAUAUAUAUUAGAAAUACUAAAUUCAAACUUAAUGAGAAUUUACGAUGUGAUGCUUUAUCGAUUUAACUGCGGGAAAGUGACCUUUAUUCAAAUAAAAUACAUGUAGGGCGUUUCUGGCUACGGAAGAAAUGAAAUAAAAAUUAAAAAAUGUGUGAAUUUUACUUAAUGUUAUGUUGAAUAGGAUUGCGGGGGCGGGCGUAAUUAAGUCACUGUGUCGGAAAUUUCGAAAUGCUUGCAUUGUAUGCUUAUUAUCGCGAAUAGUAAUACGUUUUGACGGAUUAAAUAGUAAGAGGAAGGAAAAACGAUAAAAAAGAAAAAAAAGAAGAGAAACACGAACGAAUGAAAAUAUGAAAGAAAACUGUGUAACGAGAGUCACAUUUUACGUGAAUAUAAUCUAGGCCCCUGAAUGUAACAGCAUCCUGUAUACAGUCUUCAGAUGAAUUGUAUUUAUGAAUCAAUAACUAAAUGUACUCCCACUGAAAUAUUUACACUUCCGAUGAUACACAUUGCCAGUUUAUGGUCUUAAAAUAGUUUAACAGUCAUCGGCUUUCCGACAUUAUCCGUCCCCGAACGAUACAAAUGUAGCGUUGUGUACUACAUAUAUGGAUUACUAAGAAUAUACAAUCGAAUAUAACAAUGAAUACACAAUUUAGAGAUAGAAUAAUUUCCUAAUUAGUAGUACUGUGCAUUGUUAACAAUGCGAGCACAGAAACGAUAAUUUGUCGAUUUUCAUUCAUCAUGAUUAGAAAAAUCCGAGGACCAUGGUUUGUUUGCAGUAUAUCUGUGUAUUAGCAGGUUGAAUGGUCUCCGGGUCACAAGUACACAUAUGAGGAGGAAGUGUAUAGGAAUAUAAUUGCCAGCGUUACGGCCCGAAACGUCGUACCGCCGAAAAAAAAUGAGUUAUCAUAAAUAAUUUUACGUGUAUUAAAGCGAUUGUAAAUAUAUAUAUUAGAUACACCUUAUAAUAAACGUAAUUUAACAUAAAAA